CAACAAACUGGCUUAGCAAAAGCACGAGUAAAAUUCACAAAUGUUCAUCAGUGGAAGAGCAGGAAUGCUGCUCAUGUAUUUACUUUUAUUUUUUCAAAAUAUAGCAAUCGUGUUGAAUCCUCUUAGGAUAUACAGAGCGUGCUGGACUGCCAAUGUGGGGAUUUUGUCUCAAAUUCAAUUCAAAGACAAUACAAGGAAAUAGGAAGCGCCCUGUGCAGAUUCCGGGCUUCCAGAAGUUUCCCAGUCAUACAAACGGUAAAGCAGAAUUGAGAAGCGAAACAAAUUCUCAAUUCAAAGCUGAAGAAAGACAUUUGGCCACUCGCUAACUGGAAAUUUGACAUUCGGUAAUGGCUGAAGCAAUACCAUUGCGAGAAAAGAAGCAGAAAACUCUCCCUCCAUCCGACGGGUGUGGUCUGAAUAACUUUGAUGCUGUGGAUCUGUCUGGGGGACUGAGAAUAGUCCUAGUGGGGAAGACGGGAUCAGGGAAGAGCGCAACAGGAAACACCAUACUUGGCAGAGCUGCCUUCAGAGAGGAUCCGAGCCCGGUGUCGGUGACCAAACACUGUGAGACACAGAGCGGCGAAGUGGAUGGCACCACGGUGCAGGUCAUCGACACACCAGGCCUCUUCGACACUGCCAUCACCGAAGAAGAAUUAAAAUCAAGAAUAGAGGAAUGUGUCAAGAUGUCAGUGCCUGGCCCUCACGCCUUCCUACUCGUGAUCAGGCUUGGGGUGAGGUUCACCGAGGAGGAGCGAAACGCUGUAAAGUGGAUCCAGGAUAACUUUGGUGACGAUGCCUCCAUGUACACCAUCAUGCUAUUCACAUGCAAGGACCAGGCCAAAGCUGACAAUGCCCUAAAAGAGUGCAAAGAGCUGCGUAGACUCUCCAUCACGUUUGGGCGCAGGUAUCACGCCUUCAACAACAACGACGCAGAUGAUCGAGUCCAGGUCAAAGAGCUCGUUACGAUGAUCAAGGAAAUGAUCCAAGACAACGGCGGGAAACACUACACAAAUGAAAUGUAUGAGAAAGCCCAGAGCAAGCUAAGAGAGGAAGAGGAACGGAAGAAACAAGAGGAGGAAGAGAAGAAGGAGGAGGAGAGAAAAAUGUGGGACGCGGAGAGGGAGAGGCAAGAGAAAGAGAGGGAGAAGAAGAAAAAGUCUAAAAAGAAGAACAUCUGCGCGGCCUCAGCGGCUGCUGUGGUGCUGGUGUUGGCUGGCAUGGUUAUCGCGGUGGGGGCCGACACCACUGUGGCGCUGGCGCUUGGAGCACCGACUCUCCUCCUGGGAGUGUUAUGUGGCUUAGUUGCUCUUUGGUUUUGGAAAGGAAUUAGAUGCAAAGCUAAAUCUGAUUUUCCAGUAUAGAAGGACGUCAGUGCCAAGGACAUGAUGCACUCUAUUCAACACGCAGUAUUUGUUUUGACUAAAAAUCCGUGAAUUAUGUCAUUUUGGCAUCGUCUGUUUACAGAAUUAAACCAUUUUCACCGAACUAUUCAGCGACCCCUGGAUAUGAACUCUCAUUUAAACUGUGAACGGUAUGAUACUUGCUGCCUUUUGUUUGUAUUUUCUCCCCCUUUAAAAUGUAUUUAAAAGCACAUUCUACUUGAAUAGAACAUUUUAAGUAACAGUGUGAAUCUUAAUAAACAAACCAAAUUACAGCAUUGUCAUUUA